CAACCCAGAACGUUAGGGAGGUAAAUUAACUUCCCAUUAUGCAAAGAAUUUUGGCAAAGGAAAAUAUUUUACAUCAGGCUGGCAGCUGCUAUGCAAACUGCCGAGAGCCGGACUGUGGCGAGGAGAAAGCAGUUAAUUUUGGAUACAAGCCAGCUGAUGGAAAUCGUUUUGAAGUCUGCGGAAGCCAGUACUUGCUUUCUAAAUCAACAUCAUUUACACAACAAUCGGGCCAAACCUUUUGCUGCACCAAACACAUGAGCGUCGGCAGUAUUGAAACUCCAGAGGAAGCUAAUUGCUUUGCUCGAGCACUAAUAAAAAGAAAUCAAAGUGGCAUUAAUUUUUGGACAAGUGCGACGCCAAGCAAUUGCACAGGCACUUAUGUUUGGUGCUCGUUGGAUGGUUCAGGAGAAGUGGUGGACCAGGAAUCGUUGCCACGGCCCCAGAACGCGAAAUCAAGCGGGAAAUUUGUUAUGGUUCAAGCAAAUGCCAAAACAGAGCUGCUGAGUUUUGAAUUUGGUGAACCAAGUGCAAAGAGCCGGGUAAUUUGCGAGAGAGAGCAACCUCAAAACUGUCGAGAAUCGCUUUGCCACCCCGUUGGAUUCGCCGUUGAAAAAAGAGAUAUUCAAGGGAUAAAAAACACCGUGUUUUACAGAAGGAACUGUAAAUACCUUUACGGCUGCCAAAGAGUAUUUGAUGUAUGCCCGGAACCAUCGUAUAACUACUAUCAGGGCCUUAAGUGGUGCAGAGUAAAUUUUGAAGAGGCCUUUAUGGCUUUAACUUUGGAAUCGACCGAAAAACUCAAAUGCGUCCUUGAGGUAUUCAAAGCGAAUGGUAUUAAGGACACCACGUUCUUUAUAGGGGCAACCUCAUUUGGAUGCCCAAAAUCGAUCAGGUGGUGUGAGCACAAGGAUAAACCUUUUCUGAACACCUCGCUUUAUCGUUGGGAUGACGGCGAGCCUUCAAUGGACCCCGCCAAAGAUUGUGUUUAUGCUAAAUACAAUGCAUCCAAAGGCGAGAUCACUCUAGGGAAAAUGUUGUGCACUAUAAGUACACUGCCUGUAUUAAUUUCUCAAAGUGAAACUACCUAUCAGAAAUAUUCUUUUGGCCUAAAGAACUGA